CCAAUCUCCGGAUUUUACUUCUUGAGCCUUUACAAGCCGCAAUUUUUAUCCGAUUUGGUUGAAAUUUUGAAUGUAGUGUUCUUCUAUGACUUCCAAUAACUGUUCCAAGUAAGAUCGCAAUCGGUCUGUAACCUGAUCUAGCUCCCAUAUAAAUCGAUCUCCCGAUUUGUCUUCUUGAGACUUUACAAGACGCAAUUUUUAUCCGAUUUGGCUGAAAUUUUGCAUAUAGUGUUCUUUUAAAACUUUUAAUAACUGUGCCAAAUACGGUCCAAAUAUCGGUGUAUAACCUGAUAUAGCUCCCAUGUAAACCGAUCUCCCGAUGUGACUUCUUGAGCCCCUGGAAGUCGCAAUUUUCAUCCGAUUUGGCUUAAAUUUUGGCACAUAGUGUUCGGUCAUGGUUCCCAACAACUGUGUCAAGUACGGUUCAAAUCGGUGAAGAACAAGAUAUAGCUCCCAUACAAACCGAUCUCCCGAUUUGACUUCUUGAGCCCUAACAAGCUGCGAUUUUUAUCCGAUUUGGCUGAAAGUUUUCAUACAGUGUUCUGUUAUGACUCUCAACAACGGAGCCAAGUACGGUCCAAUUCAGUUUAUAACUAGAUAAAGCUCCCAUAUUUUCGCAGAAUCCAUGGUGGUGGGUUCCCAAGAUUAAUUGAAAAUUUUUUCAAUCACUCCUUCAAAACCGUUGAUUGAUGUUAUAAUUUUCGUGAUCGAAGCAGUUUCAAUUAAAAAAUUAAUUGGAUCAAUUAAUUUCGUGAUUGAGACCGAAGUUUAUUUCUGUGUAUGGUGGUGGGUAUAAAAAUAAUAUAAAUUUAAUAUUUCGUGCUUAGAAACUUCUGUGUUGCUUUUUCUUCUUGUUAAUAAUUUUCUAAAACUUUUCUUCUUUCAGCUUUUUUGUUUAUUUUUAAUCGUUCGCCUAUCACAGGCUCGUUAUGGCUUUGUUCCAAAGUUCUAUGGCCAGGAUAGUGCAGUUAUAGUGGAUACGGAUAAGCUGAUGCCAACAACGGCGCAGCAAACCAAUACAGUGAAUUAUCCAACCAAGAUAAGACUACCACCGCCACCACCAUUUCCAUUGUGGCGGCAUUUUCCGCGCUAUCACAUAAUACCACCACCGCCACCGGGACAGAUUGUGUCCAUUAAUACAUGGCCCAAAGCGAAAUUUCCAACCACCAAAGAGCCUGCAACAACAUCAAGCACAAGUAGCUCAUCAACAACCACUACCAGUACUACUACAACAACUACUACCACCCCUCAGCCAAUCCUCGGCUCCUCUUCCCCUACGGCCAAAACUAUUGAAACAAAUUCCAAAUUCAGAAUAGACACUGUGCCCUUUGUUACCGAUGAUGAAUUUCCACGCGAGUUAUUGGAUAUAGCCCAAAAUAAGUUGGGCCUCAAGAGUCUAGAUGAAAUACCCAGCAUUUCGGAAUUAGGUCAACUACUGGGUACCAAUAGUCCCCAUGAAACUUUGAAUUAUAUCAAAAAAUUGACAGCCAAUGAGCAGGGAGUGGCUUUAGUGAAGGCCUACAUAGAGUCUACAGAUUAUACUGACAAUGCUGAUAAGACAGAUUACGAUGAGGAUGAGGACGAUGAUGAAGACGAUGAGGACGAUGUGACAAAUGGUAAUUUGGGUGAUAUUGAAGAACCCUUGAGAAUCAAUGAUGAGGGUUUGGUGGUCAUAACCACAGCCGAUGAAGAAUCCAAUGCUGACUAUGAGCAAGCAGAAGUUGAAAAUGGUGAUAAUUCUUCAGGCAUUGAAGUAGAAAAAGCUGAUGCAACCAGCAUCACCACUCCAAAAACACGCAAGACUCCCAAAAUCAUUAAAAAACUAAAGGAUAUGUCAGAGGCCAAACCAGGACUGAUGGAACGUUUAGCGAAUUUUAUGCAUUUAAACAAUCUAUGGCAGAAAAAGGCAAAGACAACGAAGACAGAAGAAUCCUUAGAGGCUGUCUCCACCCACAAUUCCGAAAUGAAUGAACUCAAACGCAUGACUAUAGAAGGCAAACGAGUUGAUAUUACCAAUGAAACCCAAGAAAAUGAGAAUCACGAUGAGGUGCCUAUAUUAGUUAGGGAACCCAUACCCUAUAACUAUCCAGUGCCGCUAAGACCAGAAUCAACAACCAGUUCAAGCACUUCCACAACCCCAUCACCAGCUACUUCAUCUACUGCAAUUUAUAGCAUUGCCGAUACAGAAACUUCCACUGCUGUACAUUUGAAUACCCCCAAAGUUUUAAUACCUCAUGUCAGACAAUUGGCUCGUGUCACGAAAAUUCCUCCCAAGAAAAUUGAAGAUUUUUUAGCCAGCAAACCCAAACUUUUGGAAUUGGCCAACAAAGUUAGCCGUUUUCCCAUUGGCUAUGAUCGUAAUUCACCCCUGGAGGCUCAAGUAAUGAUGGCCGUACAAAGAGCCAUUGAACAAGAUGAAGAUCUUAAGAAAUUGCUAAGUUCCACGGCUACCUUGAAAUAGUAGAAAAGCUUUACAUAUAUGGGAGUGGGGGGUAGAUAUGUUUAAAUGUAGAUUCUUUUUAAGAUGAUAUGUAUUUUAUUUUAAAUAAGAUUUAAUAGUGAUCUAAAUUAAAAAAAUAAAAAAAAAUUCAUAAAAAUCUA